UUGAAAGAGAGGUUAGAAAUCUUGCGCACGGGCCGCAGACAAACAUUACAGAAACUUUACCCAGUUAAAUUAUUUGAAGUAUAGUUCUAAAUAAAUAUUUCCUGUAGGUUAAUUUUUUGUAUUCAUUGAGCAUAAAAUUUAAUUCUCUAUAAUUUACUUGAAGAGUAUGGACUUAAUUGACAUUGAAGUAAGAUAAACAAGAAGAUUGAACUAUGCACGUGGUAUCAGUACUAAAAAAUCGAAAUACAUAUAUUUUUCAAUAAAGAUUGCAAAAAAAAACAAGUGAAUAAGAAUAAGAUAAAAUAUUAAAACUAAUAACAAGUGUAGAUUCACACAUAAUUUUUACUCAUUUUCUGCCUGUCAAAACAAUGGAUCAAUACUUUGAAAGUUAUGAAGAACUUGACAUUCAUCAAUUAAUGCUAAGCGAUAAAACACGUGUCUUAGCAUAUAAAAAUGCUAUUUUUAAUUUAAAAGAAAAAAUUCAAAAUAAAAUAGUAAUGGACAUUGGUGCUGGCUCAGGAAUAUUAUCAAUUUUAUGUGCCCAGGUUGGUGCAAAGAAAGUUUACGCAGUGGAAGCAAGCAUGUUAGCAAAGAAUAUCGAGCAAGUGUCAAUUGAAAAUAAUGUACAAGACAAAGUUGAAGUAAUCCACAGUAAAGUAGAGGACAUUUGUCCAGGCAGUUUGGAGAAAGUAGACAUAAUUGUUUCAGAAUGGAUGGGUUUUUACUUAGUACACGAAGGAAUGUUAGAUUCCGUACUAUUUGCUAGGGAUAAUUUCUUACACAAAGAUGGAUUGUUAUUCCCAUCCAUUGCAAAAUUGUACGCCUCGCCAUGCCAGAUACCUUCUAUGUACAAAUUUUGGAAUAACGUGUGUGGAGUCAGUAUGAGGUGUAUGGGAAAAGAUUAUAGAAAGACAAAAUCCUUGAAACCAGAAGUUCUCCUUGUAAAUCAAGAUGAUCUUUUGGCAGAGAGUAAAUUGCUCGCUUGGCUGGAUUUAAACUGCGUCUCCAUAGAAGAGUUAAAUCUACUAGGCGGAGAGGAUUACGUAGUGGUAUGCAAAGAGGACGGGAGGUUUCAGGGGAUGUGCAUUUGGUUCGCGGUGGAAUUCCCAGAUGGUUCGGAAUUGUCCACUGGGCCUCAUGACGAGGCGACACAUUGGAAACAAACCGCAAUUGUUUUGCCUGAAGAUAUAGAAGUGAUGAGGAAUGAGCCUGUCGCCUUCAAAUUAGAAUUAAAAAGAGAUUCGUCGUAUCCGAGGCGUUACAACAUGGAACUAACUUUGUUGGAUGCGGAGGAAGUGGACCAUGAUAUUCCAUGCGAUUGUCACAUGACGAAAUGUAUCGUGACAAAGAAGUACAUCGAUGAGCUGGACGGAAGUGAAUCGCACGCGGCAGAAAGUAUUGAGAACUGUAUAUGAUUUUUUCUAAAAUAUAAUCUGAAUAAAAAUUUAUUUCUAAAA